AUGGCUCGGAUUCAAAUCAAUACUUUCAUGAGCAAAUUACAAGGCGAUGAAAAACGUCUGGCUGAUCUUGAGUUCAAUCUUUGCAUACGCGGAACGGGGUCCAAGGCUAGUACGAGCCAGCUGCGCAGCAAAAUUGGAAAGGAUAAAGAGCUGUUGGCGUCGUUGAAGGAACAGCUUCAAUCGUGCACUGAGUACUUUGCCAAUUUAGACAGGCCCUUUCCCCCGCCCAGGACAGGCCCCCCAAAGCCUACCUACGUAUCCCCAAACAGUACAUUGCCCAAUGGUCCCCGAUCACAUUCUCCGUUUCGUGGUCAAGUGCCAAAUGUUCUUAGACCCCAGGCCCCACUAACGGGCUCGACUCAAUCCAUGCCACGCCAUCCUCCUUCUCCUACGGGAUUCUUUGGAGCUCCCCGCGCCACGAGCUCGCCUGUUUCUCAGCCACCUCUUAAUUCAUCUCACGCGCGGCCAGAUAAUCACCAGGCACCUAAGGGGGCGCCGGACAUGUCAACGCAUGCUGAAGUCGAUAUCUUGACGGCGCAGGUCCAACAGCUCAAGGACCAACUAUCGCAGGUGUCCUCUCGGCUCGAGCGACUGACGGAGCGUCUGAAGGAGACGGGUGCCGCUGAUUGUGAAGGACCAAAGCACAAACCUCAAAGCGCCAAAGAUGCAUCCCCUCCGCCCGGUGCUCCGACUGUGAAGGAUGUGCGACGGGCCGUACAAGACAUACAGCGUAUGAAGGAAGAGUUUAGGAUGCGUAUCAGCCGAAUGCCCCACGUCUUUAUUCCGCAGAUACAAUGGGAUCCAUUCGCGAAGCUGUACACAGAGGCGAGUGCGGAAGCAGCCCUCAUAGAGCCAGAACUGCCUGUCUAUGUUUGCACCUUCGAUAGACAUACCAUCAGACGACUAAUUGCGACCCUGAUGGUCAUCGAAUAUCUGAAGCACGGUCGUGAGCAGAAGAAGAUUCAUAAUAUGAUAGAUCUAGAGAGCUUGUCUCUCACAGUACGGUUCAUGAAAGAUAUCAAGAAGGCCCUCUCGUCUGGAAAGAAUCAUGUUUACAGCAAGGACAGCGAGUCUUCUAGCUGUUUUGCCUCUCUGGUCGAAAUUGAAGAGGAACCUAAUCUGCCGGUAACAGUGACUCGCCCGGCUUCUACGGAAUACGUGCCGACGACAGGGUUGAAGCGAGCGCGCGAAACAUCUCCAGAUGAAGAGGACGACGAUGAUCAUGAUUCGCGUCCGAAGAAAGCGCGACUCGAGCAUGGAGCGGAGCAAGGGAGCGAGCCGCACGGCUUGUGA